AGACGAAGAGCUGUAAAUUGAGUAUUGAGGAAAAAAAGAGAGGGUAUCUAUAUAUUCAAGGGUAUUGAUUGAAAUAGUGUUGACAACGUCAGAGGAUUACAGUUACACAACAUGUUCUAUAAGUUAGUUACUACCAUUUCUUCAGCCUUACCAUUCGUAUGCUCUAGUACACUUGGUAGAUUUUUUAGUUGAAAAAAAAUGUAGUCUUCAACAUUCUAGAACAACAUGUGAGUGCAAGACAGAUUGGUGAAGAGCCUCGCGUAGAAGGACGCUGGUUUUCCUAGCUGGUUUUCCCACGGCUUUGAAAACGUAACUCCUACAAGUCCGUUCCGAUCAAAUGUCGGAUGAACAAGCCGCCGCCCCAUCGGGCGGUGAGGAGGAUGGGCCGCCCGCUCCACCACCCGAGAUGUUCCAUACGACGCAAAAGGAAGCCGUCGAAGUGGGGGACUAUGUCUCUGAUGAUGGGACUGAGCCUGUGUAUUUUCAUCUUUAUGCUAUGUGCUUGGAGUCGGAUGAUGAUAGAUGGUAGGAGUGGGACUGCAGAUCCAGUGUAUCUUCGUUUUUUUGAACAGAGGAGGCGUGGCGAUAGUUGUGUAUCGACUUGUACCAAUAUGAAAAUGAAUAAAAUGCUGAUCGUCUACGCACGAUCGAAAUCGAUUUUGAUUCUGCACAAUGAAUUGAGCCUCUCCUCGUGAACCUCAACCAGAUCCGAGGAGGCGUCUGACGAUGGAGAGGAAGCCUCGGAGGCUGCAGCGGAUGCCUAUCUACGGGAGCUGGAGGGACGAUGUCAUAUCCUCGACGAAAGGGAUGCUGCUUAUGGUGGUGGAAAAGCGCAGAGGGACGAUAUGAAGGGCGAUCCUCUGCUGAAGUACAUAAAUCAGCAUAGCGGUAUUUUCUCGACCCACAAGACGGACGCAGAAGUGAAGGCGGCAGUAGCAGAUAAGCGUAAAGUCCAAGUCUUGAGGGAUGCCAAAAAUAGUUGGGAUAAGAAGGUAGUAGACUGUUCUUAAGAGAUGCCAAAAAUAUUUGGGAUAAGAACGUAGUGAACUCUGAUGUACUCACGAACGACUGCGGUUGAUAAUUAGAAUGUUGAUACCUUGAGAAGGUUUACUUGAAGGAUCGACAUAGAAGUAAAGCCACGUCAUUACUUUCCAUCCAGUGCGAAGCAGCUGAGGAUGCGAGGCAAGUGUUGGCAAGUGAAGAAGCUAAGCUUAAGGAGAUGCAGAAUACUCGCAGUGCUGAGGAGAUAUUUGUUCAGGCAGACGAGGUUGAACGAUCAUGGCAGAGAUUGACAGACUUGGAAAAGGUAUUUCGCUUUUGGAGAUUGACAGAUUUGGAAAUAAAGGUACUUCGCUUGUUCACUACUCUGGAAAGACGAGGCAUGACGCUUUUCAAGUAUUGCUUUAACUUUUCUAUUCUCAACGAGGUCGCAGGCUGCUUCACCUUACCUAGAUAUUCUAUCUCUUGAGUACGUUUCUAGGGAGACCCUCUCCCGCUUUUAUCAUUAUUUUCACGCCAACCAUCAGGACCGCGAUAGUGCCGAAUUGAAGCUUCACGAGAUGAUCGGCACAGCCUCAGAAGCAGAACGGGCCUGUCUGCAGAAGGAGUUUGAGUUUAGGGUGUCGAGGAUACUCAGAUGGUUAUUGUCAAAAAAAUUUCGAUUCGUAUUUCACACGCACUGUACUCUAGAUCUGAGGCUCAGGCCGUACUUGGCCUCGUUUCGUCCGACAACUUUUACUUGAUAAAUUGAACAGUACCUGACCUCGUCCUCCGCUGGAAGACGAGUACUUCCAAUCACUUGUCCCUUGUCGCUCACUUCUAAUCACAUAUCCAUCAUCGCGCAACAACGGCAGCAAGACGAAGUGGCGAGAGGGGAGCGGAUUAUCGAAAAAAUGUGGGAGAAAGAUUACCUGAAGAUGGAGAAGAGAGCAGCGGACAAGGCAGAAAAAGAUAGAAAAGCUAUGGAAGCGGAGAAGAACAGAAAACUUAACAACAAAAAACAUUUGACGCCAGCUCUAGUGGAUGAGAAGUACUGUUUUCUUGAUACUGUUAGUACCACCUACUAGUAGAGGUUCAUUUUUCUUCGACUUAAUUUCUUCAUGUAAUACAACAUAUAUGUAGAAGGCUAUGCAGGUGAAGACGUUGAUUUAUCUGACGACCUCCUGUUUGAGUACCGACUAUCGAUUUAGAUUUUCCCUACUAAGUACACUCUCGUGACAAUCAUUUCGAGUCCAUCAUCAUCGCUUUUUCCUACACAGGCAAAAAGUCGCUCAGGCUGCGGCAGUUCGCGAUGAAAAAUGGAACCAUAGGACGAAGGCGAUGCUGCAGCUGAAGAAAAACCUGGACGAGAUCAAUGCAAAAAUCGCCAGCACCAAUGAGAAGAAGGAAAAUUAUGGGUAGUCGUCGUUUUGGGUGUCGCUCUUGCAUGCUGUCGCAAGUCUUGAAAUUUGGAGAUCUUCUUCAUUUUCUAAUCUCGAAAAGCCUUGGCAGCAGAAAAACAGAAGAAGCAAAGGGAGAUUGAGUUAAUGGAGCAAGGCCUAAACCCCUAUGAGGUCUUCCGCAGAGAACAAGUAGAGGCCGAUUUGGAUCGGAAUAAAGUGGAGGGAGCAGCUUUGAAUUAAGGCUUUGGAAGAAGGAGAGACGCUUAUAUUUAUUAGUUUCAUCUUGAUCGACGAAGGAUUUUUUACAUUAUGUAUCUUCGUCACACCCACGACAGCAUAAUUGCAUCACAACUUUACAGAACCAUGAUUGUACUAUUACAGGUUAUUUCAAGAACAACUAAAGAAUUACUUAUGUAGUACUUUUUCAUACAUAGAAACAAACUACCAUGCAUGUCCAGGGUCUAAUAGAAGCAGAUGAGGAACGAGAAGCUGUUAAAAUCCCUUAUCCGUGAAGACCAGGAGCAACAAGCGAAGGAGGCGGAAGACAGGCGACUGCAGGAGUUUGAAAUUGCUUAUCAAAGGGAACAAGCUGGCCAGAGCAAAGAGUAGGAACAACAGUGGGAAUUUUUAUAGGUCGUGGAAGGUGUGGUCGUAUGGACGAGUUGUAAUUGUCAUAUGAAGACUAUCGAAUUUCUAUUAGACUAGAUUGCUCUAGCAAAGCAAUAGAAGUGAUUAAUUGUCGUGUGCGGUCCCGAUUGACGAUGACUGGGAUUCUGAAAAUUUGACUUAUUUCUCUUCUCAUACAUAUGAUAUCGAUCCUCAACAUCCUUGCUGAUGAUGUCCUUCUCCAUUACUCCCCCCGCUUUCAUUUUCCCGUAAAAAUGGCAGAUUAUAUCAAGAAAGUGACGUUGAAUCACGUGGAUAUUUUGGACCCUACUGGAGCUGCCAUGAGGAUCGACCCCAGUAAGGUGACAGCGGUCAAGACCGGAGGCUUUUUAAGGCCAGUACCUAUGAUAGAGUCCAUCUUUAUCAUGUAUAGCGAUGGAGGAUACAUCAGCCCUAUCAAUUCUUGACUAAGUAGGCAAAGCUCUAAUUCUUGGACUAGGCAAAGCACCGCCAGAGGAGUUAGCUGCAGUGGAGGAGAGGUUGGCGUUUCAGAAGAAGAAAGUAGCUGUCUGGGACAGACAGGAUGCAAGAAAGGCAGAUGAUGGCAUGGGGUUUUUGGGGGGGGACGACGGACGUGCGGGAACAGCUGGCGCUGAGGAUGACGAGAAAGAACCUUUGCCAGAUGGGAAGUUGUGGCUACCAAAAAGGACUGUGCUGGAAGAGAAAAUGCUCGCAGAAGCGAAGAAGGAACAUAGGAGACAAAUAGAUGAGGGGGAGGUACGUAAAAAUCUUGCUUGAUAGUCGUGCACUAUUUUUGUUGCUCUUAAGUACUUCGUUACUCAACUGCAACCUCUAUUUCACAAGAUGUACAACUUACGCGGGUUGAGCUCCAAUCUUCUUCUCUCUCUCAAAUGAACCAGGUGCAACGUUGUUGGGGUAAAACCUUCAAAGGCGCCGCUUUCAUCCCGAAGCCAUCAGUGAUCGAGUAUUUGGAUUUCGAUGCGGACGAGAAAUACAAGCAGGUGAUCGAAGUCACCAACGUUUCGCUUACCUUCAACCAGUUCAAUUAAGGCCUCGCACAGUCUGGACUUUUAUUAAGGCCUCGCACCGUCUGGACUUUUUGCCCUUCCAACAAUAUGUAAGCUGGAGUGGUCUCUAAUUCAAGCUCCUACCUAUGGAUGACCGUUAUCAAGACUUUUUCGACAUCGGCUUUGAUCCGCCAGGUCGUAUGAGUGCCGGUGUGAGCUGCAAAAUUACUCUGAGGUAUAUGCCGAAGCUGUUUCAGGAUAUUUGGACCACCUUUCCGAUAUUAGCCAAAACCGGGAGAAUAGACUUUCCGAUCAUGUGCCUAACGAAAAAAACGGUGCUGGAUUUGGGUACUUCUUGUUUUGAGGCUUUAGGAAAGAUUUGAUCAGACUCUAAUUUAGAUAAGAAUGAUUCACCAACAGCUCCUAGGCAGCACCUCACGAACCAGCAAAACCGAAGAAGCUUUUCAAUAAAUCAAAUCUCCCAAAAAAGAACCCUCCGAAAUUAUUAACACCAGAACCGAAGGAACUUUCUGAGGAGGAGAAGCAGCAACAGGCGGUAAGUGGAAAGCAGAAAGUGAAGAAGAAGGGACCGCCGGAUCCUGCAGUGCCACCUGAACUCCGCGAUGCCGAAUUUAAGGCUACAAGAAAUCCAUCUUCACGUGCAUCCUGUCUGAGACCGUUUUCAAGGGGAAAAAGGUUCUAAGAUGCGUGUCAAGAUGGAUUUUUCUUGGGUCUAACGAAUACUGGAGAGAUCCUAGUGAAAUCCUCUUGGUGGAUUUUGGGAAUGUAGUUUUCGGCGAGUGGUCGACGAGGGAGGUACAGAUCAUGAACACUGGCGCUCUGCCAGCAGGCUAUUCGAUACGAGAAGCAGUCGUUGAGGACGAACCUAUCCCGGAACUAGAAAGGCAAAACGAACACAGAAGAACGCGGAUGCUCGCCUCAGAUCCGUGGCAAAAACUUAGAACUGGUAGUGACAUGUCGUGCAGUCCUGCGAAAGAUGCAGGCGGUUUGGGUGGGGGAACAGUAGACGCGGCCCUUGAGUUAAGAUGGCGGUAUUGAAUAAGUUUGACUCUUUUUGUUCUUUGGUUAGAAUUAAUAUCGUACUUUUCAGCAGAGUCGUGCCUGUAUCAAGUACAAGUACCUACUCCCGCCUCAUACGAAACGUUAAACUACAACAACAUCAAGAGCUCUUCCUCUGAUGACUUAGACGAAACGUUACACAUCGUCCACCAAUCGCUCUUCAUCUAAUCAACGAUGCCUCAGGAGGUGACGGAGGUUCGCCGCCCAAUGUUUCGACUAGCCGUGGAGAUCUUCCUGACCUCGCAACGAAUACAGCUUCAGGCUCGUCAGGUUUGCCGUCAAUGUUGGCGUUCGCAGAAACGGGGUCUUUCGUCGCUCGCGGGAGCAGCAAGAUUGAAUUCAUCUUCACUCCUAGACAUCUAGUUAUGAAUUUGAGAUCGUUCUUUAUAGGAGGACGUUACGAUGAUCUUUCUUUCACCCAGGGUACCCUCCUUUUCAAGUACAAGUCCUCUAGAUCGACGUCUUGUAAGGCUCCUAUUUCCAACACCGAGAACAAUUUGCCACUUAUCGCUUGGAGAACCUUGUCAAGUGACGCGAUCGUUUGUACUCGUUUACAAGCUUUAACAGAGAAUCAGCUGUUCCUUACAUUCCUCUAACCUUCGCGAGUUUUCCUGUAAAUUCGUGAUAGAGGUCGAUAACAAAGCUCCAGGCGAUGCGCGGUUCCAGAAGAGGUAUUUCCUCAAGAUGGUCGGUCGGUGUAUUGACGUGCCCAUCUACGCGGAAAGGGAGGUUUAUAAUCUGCACACGAUCUUGUACGAGCACACUUUCCGGGAACUUAUAGUCUUGAAGAAUCGGAGCUCAGUGGCAAUGAAAGUCCGGGUGGAACGACCGAAGUUGAGUGACCCGCGAUUACUUCCCGGCGAAAUCCAGAUUUCUCCCGAUACUGCAUACGUGCAAGGCCUAGGACAGCAGUCGAUUCAGUUCAAAGUCGUGCUUCAGCGUGAUUUCCUGGACCGAAACCCUCAGUACAAGCGCGACGACCGCAAGUAUGGCCCAGCGUCGUUCAAAAUUCCGGUGAAAAUGGUCGGCGCAGACCAGGUGCUGCCUGUGUGGACCUGCAUCACGGGGAAUUUGACGCAGAACGACAUCUCCUUCGCACCAGACAAGUUGGAUUUCGGCAGUGUCUUUGUGGACGCAGCACGAUACAAGAAGGUGACCAUCACGAACCACUCGAAACUGCCACAGUCGCUUUGUUUUGCGGGUUUGCCUUCCUACCUCAGCGUCCAGAAUGUCGCUAAGGAAGCGCGCGACGAGGACGACCGAUACGGCGUAAUCCUUGACAAGAGCGCCUGCAUCGAACAUGGUGGAAAUGGGUUUCUAGUGCAGCUAUUACCUGACGAAUCUUUACCGGUCACUGUUUGUUACGCACCGACCGCAGCGACGGGGAUGAAAACCGCAUUGAACAUCCACGCUUUGACGGCACAGCUUUGCUCCAGAUCUUUCUCCGUCCCGUGCACUGUUAAGGCUCAACUUUCAUUGGUCACCAUUCAGAUUUGGGUCGAAGAGGCGACCCCUUGAGAGAACAGGCGAAAAGGAUGGGAAAGGGGGGACGCUUUGAAGGGGGUGUCUUCCGUUGACCUUUAACAUUGACCACUGACUGCUGACCUUUAACACUGGCCAAGGAAAGAUGUUGCGGAUCGCGUUGGACAGGAAUUUCUUGAAAUUUCCAGCGAUAGGUGUGGGGGCACAAGGCAAGGAGAGCUUCGAAGUGACGAACGUAUCGAAAAACAAGACCUACGAAAUCUCAGUGCUCUGUCCUCCGCGACACCUCGCACGCCUGUGGAUCUCCCCAGUCUGCAUUGAACUAAAACCGGGUGAAAAGACAAGAGUGCAGAUUGAGUUAUGGACUUCUACUUCUCUACAUCAGCACUAGUCGAGAUACAACAACUGUUCGUUGUAUACAGAUACAACAAUAUCUUAUAACAAGAGUAGACAUACAACAUAUGUUGCGUUCCUGUUACCUCUCUAGAUCUUCCCUUCUAGAUUGUUUUCCCUCUAGAUUGUCUUCCCUUCUACAUCUCUCCCUUCUGGAUUGUUUUCCCUUCUACAUCUCUCCCUUCUAGAUUGUUUUCGCUUCUACAUCUCUCCCUCUUCUAAUCUUUUUCAAACCGAACAAACUGUACGAGUCACUGCUCCGAAACGCCUCCCAGGACAUGGACGACCUGCCGGCUGAAGUAGCUGGUGGCCUCACGGAUAUGGAAGCCAUACCAGAUGAGGAUUUUGAUGAAGCUUAAGACAUCAUAUCCGAUAAUUCAUUAUAUUCGAUGAUUCAUUUCUUCUAAAUACAGGUUCUUGUAGUUUGUUCCUUCGAAAGAAGGUACAGAUAUAAGUUGAAUAUAACUAGUACAAGGGAAGAUAUCGAUAACAGUCUUGAAGGAUCCACCCCACACACCGACACAGGUAUGGAUUAGAGUUAAAAGUAGCUCGUAGAGCCUCUAAGAACCAGCAGAAAACUUGGACCCGAACAGCCCUCUAGCAGGCCUAUCACCAACAGCGAAGAAGGACUUGAAGGCUUUUAGACAAAAGCCUCGAUCUGAAAUCGUCAAGAUGAUCCAGGAGGCUGGGGGAAGACGGUGGGAGCAUCGGAGGAGUAAUAUCACUGUUAUGCUUGGUCAGUUUAUAACUUGUUUUCACUUGUUUGGUUAAAUUUGUGUGCCAAAUCACUGUUACUGCAAGUGAGUUAAAUAUUUACACAACUAGGUAGUUGAAGUUGUAAUGGCUAAGUAGACUAUCUUCUCGUUGAAGGAGGGGUCUCAACCGUUGUCAAGAUGACAGAUCUAUCAUCAUGUUCUGAAGAAGAACACUCUACGAAGAGGAGAGACUUAGGAUAUUAACUGGUGAACAUCAUCCCCUGAGGACAGAUCUAUCAUCAUGUUCUGAGGAAGAACACUCUAAGGAGAGGCAGACGAUCUUGCAACAGGGCAAGGCAGUGGAGUUGAGCAAGAUCGAUAGUCAACACGCCAUCUGGAAGAUUCCACUUUUGAUCCGGCCCGUCGUGAUCGUGGACUCAAAGAGGGUCUAUAAUUAAGGCUCAAAAUAUCGAUUCAUUUCUACAAGUCACAUUUCUCCCUAUUAAUUUCCUCUUUUUACCACCCUUGUUACAAGUCUUUUUAGUACCACCAUUCAUUGUUUCCUUCUACUUAUAAUAGGAUAGAUGGGGAAAAAUGCAGUAUGCAGUGCAUAGAGGGAUGAAUUGCUUUGCGCUCUAAUACAACACGCCGGACGAGGAGUGCGAGCAAUUGGCAGUCUGUGUGCGAACAACCUGUGUACCUCCUGUUCUCGUCCCCACACCGGAUAGGUGUGAUUUUGGGGAAGUCACAGUGUUUCAACGCAAGUUGAUUCACGUCACUCUGCGAUGUAAGGUGGAUGACAUGCAGGAAAUUUUUCUCACGAGUCCACUGCCCGAAACCAGCUGCCUUUCGGUUUUGAACGCGUGUGGUCACGGGAGAAUAGUGCGGAAGGAGAAGCAGUUUCAGAUAGUGAUCGAAUUCUGCCCGCAGGCUGCGCAACUGUAUUCGACCGUUUUGAAACUGCACACGCCGACAACAAGAAUCCAAAUCCCGAUCAAGGGAUGUGGCGUGACGCCACGACUCUACAUACCGAACCAGUUCGUGCAUUUUCCGGCAUGCGUGUACGGAACAGACACAGUCGUGAGCGAAAAAGUGCAAUUCUUUAACACCACGAGGUUUCAGUUGGACUACGAAAUAUCGAGUGUGAGCAGAAAUUUCAUCGACAAUUGCAGUGGUGCGCCUUGCUUUAUGCUAGAGCCAAAGAAGGGGAGGAUAAAAGGGAAAGGUAUUUCACUAUAUUAUGACCACAUGGAUAUUUUUUCAUCUUAAGCUUAUAAUGUUGAUCUUAAUUGGAGUAACUGAAUGUGAAGAAUCUGAAAGUUCCUGUGCUCAUGAUCGUAGGUGAAGCAAUCUUAGUCGGACAGUAAAAGUAACAUAACGUUCCUCUAGACUGGGUACACUACCACUACUACUACUACUUCCUUCCUCGUCCAGAUACCGACGAAAGCGAGGAUACGAGCCUUAGCGUGGAGGUGAAGUUCCGACCACAUCGCAUCGGAGAAAUCAUGAAGGAGAAGGUCUAUGUUUUCGUGCCGAACCAGGACUUUCCUUUAUGAAAGAAUGUAGAAGUUGUAAAUGCUAACGCAGCCGCCCUAUAGAUUUGUUGUGCUGUGAACUCUAUGCUCCUGUGCUUGAAGUAAAAGCUCGCCUCUGCUGCAAGAAAAAGACGAAAAAAAUAUACUAUUAACUACAUAUUGUUGGACCACAAGAACACAGGCCUCCGUGCCUUGGUUCGUUUCUCAGUGGAAACACAAAGUCAGAAUCUUGAAUGCAAGCAAAUCUUGAUACUCCUGCCUGAGACUUGCGAUCUCUGGCUGGUGUAAUCCCUGUUUGGUUCAUUGGGUGAGAUGAAUCAUACAUCAGCAACAUAAGCAUGUCAGAAGGGAUCGGACUGAACAUGCAUCAUACGACUAGGAUCAGUACAGCCGUGCCGAGUCUACACCUUGAUCAUUAUGAUUAUGCAUUGAAUGUGCAUUGGAAGUAGCAUUCGUGAUCAUUGGCAUUCGUGUCUUGUGAGAUCAUCCCGAUGACAGUCGAGCGCGAGGCUUUUGCGUGAGCCACUGAGAACAGAACGCCACGACAUCCGAGAGGCUUGAGCCAUACAUGACCAACGCCCCUCCUCAAUCGAUGCGGGUCGAAGUCCGUCUCACAUGACCGCCUCACUGUGUGUUGAGUCAGGGUAGUCACUUCUCUUGUUUAGUGUAUGUGACCUGGCUACGGUGGUUUAGAAACCAAAAUAAACCGAAUAUAUUACGCUAUAGUAAGCUAAACCAUCCUCAUCUGUUUCAUCAUCAGAGGAAUCGCAGUCAUCCUCUUUACUUGUGGUUAUUGGGUUAUCUACGUGUCGUGAUGUAGGAUAAGUCUACGCUGAGUGGCACUGCAGGUUAGUUUCGAAAGUGGGUCUGCCUUCAUCAGGUUGGUAGGACAGAACACGAUCUUACUAGCAGCGUCGCGCACUCUUAGAGAACGUAAAGCAUAGUGCCUACUUUUAGGACGAGCGUCUGUUGCUUUGGCUGUUGUGGUCGCAGACUGGUUGUCUAUCCACAAUGCAGCACUGUCUAAGGAGGGAGACAAGCCGUUCUGUGUGUGUACCAACUGGGUUGGAAGAGGCUUAUAGAAGUCUGUGAAGUCAUGCAUCUCACUGAGCACUAUCGUGUCAGAAGCUGCAAUAUACUCACUUUCAGCCGUUGAGUAGGCUCUAACCGUUUGGCGGUUACUCCUCCACGCUAUGGGUGUACCUUUGUAAUACAUUAUGGAGCCACUUGUGCUUCUCAUUGUUUUGAUGCAGUUGGCGAAACCAGCAUCACUGAAUAUGUUUACUUCUGGCAUGUCUCUGCCUUCUGGUAGAAGUUUCUCGCGUAUUUUGUUGAAUUCUUCUUCCUUUUCUGGUGAGUAUUCUACUCCUUGGUCUUUUGUUGACGCCAGGCAUUUUAGGACUUUCUUGGCUGCUUUGGCCAUUCUUGUUGACGUGGGUUUACUGACAUGUCUAGCCAACGCUGCUACCGGAGCAGAGAUAUCCGGGCGCGCAGUUACAGCAACCCAUAGUAAGGCACCAACUACCUCACGAAAGGGAUACCCAUCAACUAUCUUGAUCCCGUCUUCAAGAAAAGUUGUUUCGUCAAAAUUGGGCGAGUGAACCGGUUUCCCUAGUUGAGCUUCAUACUUAUUAGCAAUUUUAUCGAUGUACUGCUCCAUGCACAGUCUGAACGGCUUAGCUUCACGGCCAUAGUACACGAUCGCACCUAAGAAGUCGAACCUUAGCCAUUCGAGACCCCAGGGGGUUAGAAUUGACUCGACUUCAAUCGCACGGCCUGGAGCACGUGUGAAAAUGAGGUCUGGUUCGGUCUUGGGCUCAUCUUGGUCAGGACCUGUAGCAAGAUUGUCGUCUACAUAGACAGACAUCUUCAGGAACUUCCCCGGUGCUUUGCUGCUCGGUUUGCGCCACAAUCCAGGUGCAGAAGUACACGGUUCCCAACCAAGACUGGCUAGAGUCUCAUGAUACCUCUUGAACCAUGCUCGUGGUGCGUCCUUCAAGCCGUAUAGAGCUUUCUUGAGCUUCGCGAUCUCGUAUCCAUGCUGUUUCGCCCAGAUGGGUGGAAGACGGCAGUAGACAUCUCGAUCGAGUUCGGCACUGAGGAGCGCUGAAGCUAAAUCGAACGGGAUCACAUAGUCCCCCUCUGACGCAGCAGAAGUGAGGGGCAACCUAUUAGCGGCACGUGAUACCACGGGAGCAAAGGUGUUUAGCUCUCCCGAACGAUCUAAAUUACCGAGUACACAGGCCCUUGCCUUGUAUUUUCCACAUCUCUUUCUUGUUAGUAUGAUGGCAAUUGGUAGAGCCCGUAACGCGGUUGCUAGCUGCUCGCCAGUAGCUUCUUCCCACGUUUUAAAGGCUAGUAGUCUCGCAUGCUCAAUGUCAAUGACUUCCUUCCACUUUUCAGCUUCAGGACUCUUUAAUGCAUUGGCAACGGACAGCAUCACAUGUGAUUCGACGACUUCCUCAUCUUCGUCUAUCUCAUACGUGCCACCAAUAGCACUUGCGAACAGCGCCAGACUCUUUCUGAGUUCUUCCAUCUGUUUCUUUGUUCUGCGAAUCCUUCCUCCAGCCUUGUCCGUGGCUCCUUUCGGUCGGCCACGCUUCUUGCCGUGUGUAUGGCGUUCGCCUGCCACAACACGUGCGGGAGAUAGCGCUUUCGAUCUAGUCGGACUAGGUGAGUCAGAGAUCCGAUCCUUCGUUUCAACUUUCCCCUCCUCAAGUGAAACACCUUCAGAAGAGUCAGCCGCGUCGGAUUCAGCCUUCUUGUCUAAGGUUUCAGCAUAUAGCUCUUCGGGAAUGCCGGUCGGUCCACCUGAGGCGCGCUCCGUGCCAGAGAACCCCGAUUGCUGAUCCAGCCUUUGCACUGACUGCCCAAUCAAGGGGGAGCCCAGCGACGACGCUCCACACUGCAAGUUUUCCAGUUCAUCGCACUCAUAGUGAAAGCCCUUUCUAUCUGGCGUUAGCCAGUCUAUGUCCUUUAUUAGAUAAUCCUCUCUGAACUUGACAUCUAGGGUAGAGUAUUCCGCCCAUCGAUAUCCAAGCUUGCAACGAUCGUCAUGAGCGAAAGUAGCAACCAACCAACCAACCAGACGACUUCGGACAGAGUCCAAGGAAGACGCCGCGGCGAUAUUUGGCCGAGAGCUUGGGUUCAGGAGUGUUGGCUUGGAUUUGUUCACGAAAGUAAACAAGAAAACCAAAUCGGCGGAGCGUGCCGAUUUUGCUUUUGGAAGAAUUUCUACCAGUUCUUUCUUCUAGAAUCUCUAUUGGACUCUUUCCGUCGUGUUCUGGCAUUUUAGCGUAAUUAUGCGGAAGACGAUCCCAGCAGUCACUAGCGUACUCAACAGAACACAGUAACACCAAAGACGUCGAUCAGCCUUCGUUAGCAUUGUUCUCACGCUGCCAAACAAGGCCCGCGUAAAACGUUCAACAGUCCCACUCAUUUCCGGACUAUAAGGAGCGGCCGGAUUGUCUGAGACCCGCAGCGAUUGCAUGAGUUUGGUCAUGUCAUCACUGCCGAGGACGGGUUCUCCAUCCCUCCGGAUGAACCAUGCCGCCUUGUCAUCUAGCGAUAAGGAGUAGUCCUGUCGAAUGCCUUUUAUGACUUGUUCUAUUUCCUCCACGCAGUCACUUUUAAGCUUCAGCGGUCGACAAAACGCCUUCUUAAUUACGUCACAUAUGACAACUAGAACACGUCGCAUAGAUCUUACUGAAACAGGUUUUAUUCCUACAGCAAAGUCUAUUGCAAGUAGUUUGAGGGGUUCGGGUUUGUGGGUAGUUAUGUCUCUAGAUUUUGCAUGGGGUUUCGUUGUCCUUUAUGUAGGUCACAUUCUGGGCAACUAACUUGUAGACCAUCUAUGUGAAAAUGGCCACGCCUCCUGUGUAGUUCUAAUCUCGUAAGAUAGCAACUAGAGACGCCUUCUUCUAUUGAUGUACAAGUGAAACCACUUUCGUGUUUGUUUUCAAAGAAACUACAUGCGAGUGCGGGUAGCUGCAAGCGUGGGUGAGCUCUGAUGGGUAGCAUCUGGUCGGUGUCCGUGUGCACGAUACAGCCACCAGUGCCUUUGAAGUUGAACUCCCACCCUAAUUGCGAGCAGUUUCCGUCUCCUAACCAUGGCAAUAUGCGGUCUAUGUUUCCAGGUAGAGAAUCAUAGUAAACUCCAUUCUUUAGUCCAAGUGCGUUGUUCUUGAGUUUUCCGACUUUUCCGUCUUUAGUGCCUGCGCUACCUGUUAUUCUACAAAUGUUGUUACCAAUUUCAUCGAAAUCAUCUCUGUGUCGUGGCAGAUAUCUGUUUGCACAGCUAUCAACUAGGGCUGCAUCUUCUGACGUUCUAGUAUUCAAGGUUGUGAAACUAUAUCCAUCUGUAUUGUAGCUAUCAGCAUGAUUAUCAACAUUUGUCAUUAUUUCAUCUUCUUCGAAAUUCAGCGAACACUUCCCAAAUUCGUACGGUUCCGUCGCUCAGCUUCGACUGUGCGAGUUCAUGAUGUUGAGCAUCUCCGCAACCUGCGACAUGUGGAUCAUGCCACUGCUAUUACCCUUUCCACCUUUGCCUCUAGAACUACUAGAUGGGGCUCCGGUAGUCCAGCUUCCCGGUCCUUGUUGAAGGGCUUGCGUGUUAUGCCAGCACUCGGAGGACUUGUGUCCGACCUUGUGGCAGCAAGCGCAGCGGGGUGGAUAGGUAUUCUUAUUUCCUUUUCCUUUGUCUUUCUUCGGCUUUUGUCCGCCGUUCUUUCCUCCUUUGGGUUGGUACCCGUAGGAGUUGUAGACCUCGGCGAUUGCCUUCUUCUUUUCUUUCUGCUUGAAACGCUUGAGGGCGUUAGCGGAAAUGAAGGCCUUACCAUCUGCCUUAUAUAUUGGCCUCUACCUCGUCAUCAUCCUCAUUCUUGUCAUCACGAGGACGCUUGUUCGAGGUUUCCUGACCAUUGACCGGAAACGCUUUCCCGAAGGAGUCGUUCUCAAUUUUGUAGGUUCCCUCCUCGAUCAACGUUGUGAGACGUUUCUCAAGUCGGUCUCCAAUUUGGUCAAAUGUCAGGACAUCUUAAUCUUGCAUCCGCUCGAUAGUCGCUAUGAAGUUCUUGCAGAACAACUCAGGCAACUUCAGCAGGAUCGCACCGUUCUGUUGAUCAGCAUCGGGCAGAUCUGCAUCCGGCGGGAAGACGGUGGGCGAUUGGUUCAAGAUGUCGCGGAUCUUAGAGAGAAACUCCUUGACAUCUGCAGGCUGGUCGCUGUUGUGGAACUUCAUCAGUCCCUCCGACAACGGCUUGACCUUCGUGCGCUGCUCCUGGCGAUUGUUCGCGUUGAAGUUCCCUUGGUCACGAAGUAGAACAACAACUUCACCAGCAUCCAUUUCGUCCACCGCGCCAUCGUUAUUCCGAUUGUCGACAAACGACCUGGCCGCACCUUUCAGACUUCGUAUGAUUACGUCUUUCAGGUUGCGCCACUUCUGGCGGGUCGUUUCUUCGCGACUGGUGUUACCUUGCGGCACACCAUGUGGAACGGCCGGCACGUUGACUACAUUCGUGUAGUUCUCAAGUAAGCCUAGGCGACUAGCUUCUUGACGUACGGCUCGUUGCCACUCGCGCCAGUCGGACUUCUGUCCCAGCUUCUUGAGGAUGGACCCCCUUGGCCUCGCAGGACAUUCUGAUGGAUUUGUUUAUUUUACUACACUACUUCCAAUUUAUUUUACUUUUGCCGCUCAAGGGUUAGACCAGUGUUGGACCACAAGAACACAGGCCUCCGUGCCUUGGUUCGUUUCUCAGUGGAGACACAAAGUCAGAAUCUUGAAUGCAAGCAAACCUUGAUACUCCUGCCUGAGACUUGCGAUCUCUGGCUGGUGUAGUCCCUGUUUGGUUCAUUGGGUGAGAUGAGUCAUACAUCAGCAACAUAAGCAUGUCAGAAGGGAUCGGACUGAACAUGCAUCAUACGACUAGGAUCAGCACAGCCGUGCCUAGUCUACACCUUGAUCAUUAUGAUUAUGCGUUGAAUGUGCAUUGGAAGUAGCAUUCAUGAUCAUUGACAUUCAUGUCUUGUGAGAUCAUCCCGAUGACAGUCGAGCACGAGGCUUUUGUGUGAGCCACUGAGAACAGAACGCCACGACAUCCGAGAGGCUUGGGCCAUACAUGGCCAACACAUAUAAAUAUAUCCAGGGGAACAACUUUUAACUACUAUACCACUACUUCAUCCUUUACAUCCCCGCCUCUCCCCACUCUUUCUUCUUCUAAUCCCGAUGUAUCUCUAUCUCUGUGGGCAUAGUUUCCAUCUCCCAGUCUUUCUUCUAAUCCCGAUGUACCUCUAUCUCUAUGGGCAUAGUUUCCAUCUCCCACUCUUUCCUCUAAUCCCGAUGUACCUCUAUCUCUAUGGGCAUAGUUUCCUGUACCAGAUGUACGCGAUAUACGACUUGA